AUGUCUCUGAAAUUUGAAAAACGGAAUCGACCGCCACUCUCCUGCGAACCAUGUCGCACACGGAAGCUGAAAUGCAACAGACUUCAACCCUGUGAUACCUGCAUCAAACGCAACGUGGAAUCUAACUGCGUGUACGCUUCUAACGCUGUACGCGGUAAGACGCGUACUUCAAGGGAACGUGCCUUGAGUGACAGACUGAAGCGUCUCGAGGAUACAAUCCAGUCAUUUGUCGGAGAGAAUGUGUCCCAAACAAACCCACAUCCACAAUUAAAAGGGUCACAUACAGUUAACGAGAAUGGAAGCCUUCCUAAUACUCAUGGAAUAUCCAUCGCCGCGCCCGGGCUGGCUGCGAGCAAUGAACCUCGCACCGGAGACCAAGAUCUUCUACAGAAAGCAGUUCCCAGUACUUCCAAGGCUCAUCUUAGUAAAACUAGUCACUUCGAGUCUAGUCACUGGGUUUCUAUAUUGGAGGAUAUCAAGGAAGUUCGAGAAAGCUUGUCUGCCGUUGAUCCCUUCUCGCUCGGCGAGCCAACGAGCGACGGUGGAAGUGGACAGCCAGACGUGAGCCUUGCUCUUGAGCCUGAAACGCGAUUGGAAAUUAAGGAUAUCCUUGUCUCGCUACCCACACGCCCUAUCUGUGAUAUGUUGGUCUCCCGAUAUUUCAAUGCUCCGUACAUGGUACUAGGUAUUGUGCACUCGGGGAAAUUUCAGGAUGAAUAUGUGGAAUUCUGGAAAGCACCACAAAAAGCUCCCGUGCUUUGGAUUGCGCUUCUUUUCGCUUUACUCAGUGUAUCAGUCCACUUUCGACUGAAAGCGAACGCAGAUGGGGCUUUGAAUGGCCCAAUCCCAUCGCCCGAUAUCCUUCAGCAGAAGACAGCGCAGUGCCUUUUACUAGGAGGAUAUAGAACAGCCAAUGCCUACGCACUAGAAACAUUGCUUCUGUAUCUUCAGAGCGGCUUUUUGGGUGACAUGAAAACCAACUCCCGACAAUGGUUCGAUAUGGGUAUCAUACUGAGGUUAGCAUUCCGCAUGGGCUACCACCGUGAUCCUAGCACUCUCCCAGGAACAACGACGCCGUUUGAUGGUGAAAUGAGACGUCGCGUGUGGCUGCACAUAUUCCAAUUAGACGCUCUCUUGAGUUUCCAGAUAGGCCUUCCAAGCAUGAUACCAGCUGAGUGUUGUGACACUCAUGUUCCCAGGAAUCUAUACGACGCCGAUCUCCAUGUUGGGAUGUCAGCAUUGCCUCCGUCCCGGCCGUCCUCAGAAUACACCCCUAUCCUCUAUUGUAUUGCCAAGGCUGGUGUAAUGAACAUCUUCAAAAAGAUCGUUGCACAUACAAUUUCGCUUGCGCCACCAUCUUACAGCAGAACCCUUACUUUGGAUGCCGAGAUGAGAGGGGCUUACAGUCUAGUUCCUGACUUUCUAAAACGAAGAGACACCAGCCAGUCUCUCAUGGACUCAUCCGAGAUAAUCCUGAACCGCUGCAAAAUCGAACUCCUGUACCUGAAAGGACUGGUUGUUCUGCACCGACGGUAUAUCCGCUACGAGCCCCAAGACGCCAAAUUCGAGACUUCACGACGCUUCUGCGUAGAAGCGGCUCUUGAAAUCCUCGCCCGUCAAGCAGACAUGCACCAAGCAUUUCAACCCGGUGGCCGUCUACAAGAAGACCAGUGGAUGCUCUCCUCACUGACAAUUCAUGACUUUCUCCUAGCUGCAAUGGUCAUCUGUCUUGAUCUGUCUGUGCGUCUCGAAUCUCAUACGACGGCUUUCGUAGACGAGCGCGCAGACCAUGGCUUUGUUUCGAGGGAGAUUGGGGCACUGAAAACAUCCCAACGGAUUUGGGCUGCUAUUAGCCAUCUUUCGCCGGAAUCUCGAGUUGCGUCGCUGGCGCUGGACUUGAUGGCUCGUAAGGUGGCUGAGCGUCAGGCUAGCUUCUCGUGUGACGAUGUUACUUUUACGGACAUUCCUCCAGUGAGCCCGGAGCUACCAUAUAUGGAGCCAAUGUCGGAAAUGAUUGAUGGGUCUGAGACACUCGACUGGCUCUUGUUGGACCAAUAUUUCCAGAACUCCGGUCUUGAAUUGCCUCAGUUGGAACCGAGCAAUGAGAUGAGUGGGUUAUUUACGGAUGUUCCUGGAGCUCUUGACCCUUGGACGUAUCGUUAG